AUGGAAGAAAUCAUCUCUUCCUCUCUAUCAUCAUCACCAUCAGCCCUUUGCCAAGAAUCAUCAUCACCCACACUUCAACAACGCCUCCAAUUCAUCCUUCAAAGGCGACCUGAGUGGUGGGUUUAUGCAAUCUUUUGGCAUGCAUCAAAAGAGAGCAACGAUCACUUUGUUCUAUCCUGGGGUGAUGGCCAUUUCCGAGGCACCAAAGAUCUUGUCUCCAAUGCUGGUACCGGAAACGGACAUUAUGACCAACCCAAGUUUGGACUUGAUUUGGAGAGUAAGAAGGUAGCCAAAGGAAUCAAUUCCCUUUUCAACGAUAACUACAACGUUGAUGGUAAUGUUAGUGUUUCUGACCCGGAAUGGUUCUAUAUGGUAUCAAUGACUAGGUCAUUUCUCGCUGGAGAUGACAUUCUGGGCCAGACUUUUAGAUCGUGUUCAUACCUAUGGUUGGCUGGUGAUUACGAGCUCCAGCACUAUAAUAGUGAUAGAGCUAAAGAAGCUCACUUGCAUGGAAUUAAGACUUUGGUUUGUAUUUCAACUUCAUUUGGUGUUGUUGAAUUGGGUUCCUCAGAUAUGAUCAAUAAAGACUGGGAAUUAGUGCAAAUCUCCAAGAGUCUUUUUGACUCUAGGAGCAAUAUCAGAAUGAAACAUGUGGAUCAAGCGCCGUUUCCCAGCCGGUGCCUUAACCUCUAUGAAACUACUGUUUUGCAAAUUCAAAAAGAGGACCAUGAAGAGGAGGACAAAGAAGGCAACGCAAAAAGAGAAGUGGCUUUGACUGGCAGGUCAUCAUCGGGCUCGGGAAAUUCUGAUUCUGAACGCCCUUUUGCCUCGGAUUCAUUAAUGAACAUCCGGCUGAAGACAAGAGGAAGGAAAUCGGUGAGUAGACAAGAAAUGGCACUGAGCCACGUGGAGGCAGAGAGACAACGGAGAGAGAAGCUCAACCGCCGAUUCUACACACUCCGAAGUGUGGUUCCAAAUGUGUCAAGGAUGGAUAAAGCAUCUUUACUUGCCGAUGCAGUGACCUAUAUUAAUGAACUCAAGGGCAAAAUCGAAGAUUUGGAGGCCAAACUCCGCAAAGAAUUACAGAAACCUAGGGUAGGAACUAUGGAAAUAUAUGAUGCUCAAAGCACAUCGACCACUCUCGAGCAAACAAGGUCAUCAUCGAGCUAUGGGUCGACUACUAUGGAACUGGAGGUUAAAAUUCUAGGAUCAGAAGCCAUGAUUCGUCUCCAGUGUCCGGAUGUAAAUUACCCAUGUGCAAGGUUAAUGGAUGUGCUUAGAGAGUUAGAGUUUCAGGUUCAUCAUGCGAGCUUGUCAAGCGUAAAGCAGCUGGUGCUUCAAGAUGUGGUGGUUAGGGUCCCUAAUGGAAUUACAAGUGAGGAGGCCUUGAGAGGUGUUCUCCUUAGAAAGUUGCAGAUCUAGGCUUUCUGUGCCCUAGAGAGCAUAUUUGUG